UUUGUUCUGUCUCCGCUGCUGCUGCUCCUGGCAAACUCUUGCAGCAGACACAGCCGCGGCUGCUGUGCACUGAAAGCAGCAAGCAGCAGUAGCUCGGGAUCAGCCUCUAAUGCGUUCGUGCCGCGUCAAUUCCUCCACCACUGGGGGUUUUAACUUGGGCUAUUCGUUACUAGUGCACGGUCGUUCAUUCAGAUUCCAUCGGCAGAAAUUUAUCGGUUUGUGUUCACAUGCAGGGGAGACUUUCGAUGGUCUUUAAGAAGACCCGAGGAAUUCGCUGUCCCUAAGUUCCUCAUCUCUCCGAAGGUCACUCGUUAACGCCGACAUCAUCAUCUCAAAAAGCCCUUCUGUUCCCUGCAAGCAAACGCUGGCCGUGUCGACGCAGCGUGCACCCGUUGCUGUUCUUGCAAGCUGCGGGCUCCAUCCCUGGACGGUGCUGAAUGAAGUCAAAUGAGAGGGUGCAAGGGACACCUCGCCUAACUCCUGCGAACUCCCGGCGCAUGGCGGCUCUCAGGAGGAGCAGGACGAUGGGGCUGACGUUUGUGGCCGGGUUGAUGCCCUGCUCAUCUGCGUCUUCGCGGCUCCCACUGCUGCCUCUGCUGCUGCUUCUGGCCUCCGCUGUUGGCCGGGGGAGCUCGGAAGCCGGCGGGCGGCCGGACGAAGGCGCCUCUACGCUGGCGUUUGUGUUCGACGUGACGGGGUCCAUGUACGACGACUGGGUGCAGGUGAUCGAGGGAGCUUCCCGCAUCUUGGAGACGUCGCUCAGCCGCCCCGAGAAGACGCUCCACAACUUCGCUCUCGUACCCUUCCACGACCCGGACGUGGGGCCCGCCAGCAUCACCACCGACCCGGAGCGGUUCCAGCAGGACUUGCGAGACCUCUACGUGCAGGGUGGCGGAGAUUGCCCGGAGAUGAGCGUGGGAGCGGUGCGCCUGGCGCUAGAUGUCUCCCUCCCGGGCUCCUUCAUCUACGUGUUCACCGACGCGCGCGCCAAGGACUACCGCCUCACGGCUGACGUGCUGCAGCUCAUCCAGCACAAGCAGUCGCAGGUGGUGUUCGUUCUCACGGGUGACUGCGGGGAUCAGAGCCACCCGGGGUACCGCUCCUACGAGGAGAUCGCCUCCACCAGCUCGGGCCAGGUCUUCCACCUCGACAAGAAGCAAGUGAAUGAGGUCCUCAAGUGGGUGGAAGAGGCCGUGCAGGCCUCUAAGGUUCACCUCCUGUCCACCGACCACGAGGAGACGGGCCACCACUCCUGGACCGUGCCCUUUGACCCCAGCCUGCGGGAGGUCACCGUGUCUCUGAGCGGAGCAGCCCCCGAGGUGGAACUCUGGGACCCGAGCGGUAAGCAGAUCAAGCAGGAAACUGGACUGAGUGAGCUCCUGCACCUACCCAACUCCGCGCUCAUUGUCAGCGUCAAACUACCCACGCCGGGACUCUGGACCAUCAAGGUCACAAGCUCCGGGCGCCACUCGGUCCGCGUCACGGGGCUGAGCACCAUCGAUUUCCACGCCGGCUUCUCCCGCACGUCCACCGAUGACUACAGCCGCACGGAGCGACGGCCUGUCCUAGGCCUGCCGACGCACAUGCUGCUCAACGUGACGGGGCUGCGCGUGCCGGGCCGCGCCGAGCGCGUCGAGCUGCUGACGCCGUGCGGGCGCGCACUCAAGGGCCUGCCCGUCGCGCCGGCCGCCACGGCGCCCUGGGGCAUCUGGAGGGUGGCGCAGUUCGUGUCGCCCUCCGAGAAGUUCUUCGUGCGAGUGUCGGGCGUCGACCGGGCCGGAUUCUCCUUCCAGCGAUACUCCAGCGUGGCUUUCUCUAACAUCGUACCCGAUCUCCCGCGCGUGCGGAUGGCCGAGUGGACGGCGGCGUUCUACAUGCAGGCGGUCGCCAUCACCUGCUCCGUGGAGUCGCUGAUCCCCUACACGCUGCGCUUCACUCGCAACGGCGCCCCGCUCGGUCGGGAGAACUUUCUCAAGGAGUCCGGCAGCGCGAGCUGGGAGAUCGGCGAGGCGACGGCGCGCGACGAGGGCCGCUACGAGUGCGUGGCCGUGAGCCAGGCGGGAGCCGGUCACGCCGCCACCUACCUGCAGGUCACAGAGCCGGCCCCGGAGGUGCGCGCUCUCGGCAACGUGACGGUUGCUCCCGGCGAGACGGCGACUCUCGCUUGCCGCGUCGGGGGCCAAGAUGUGAGCUACAACGUGACGUGGACGCGGCACGUGGCGCAUCGAGGAACGCCACCGCACUCCGUCGAUGCCCUGGCGCUCCUGGGCGGACGCGGCCGCUCGCCGCUGGAGAGCGGCGCGGGGAAACGAGCGACGCUGCAGAUCCGUGACGCGCGGCGCGGGGACGCCGGCCGCUACGACUGCACCGCGUCCAACCGCGGCGGCGCCAGCACCGCGUCCGUGUGGCUCCACUUCGACGACCUCCCCAGGGCGGCCGUGUCGCCUCCCUCCCAGACGUUCGUGGCGGGCGCCGAGGUGCGGGUGGCGUGCCGGGCGGCGGGACACCCGGCGCCGGCGGUCACGUGGGUGCAUGGGGACGCCGACGUCAUCGACUCUCCCAGGCGCUCAGUGCUGUCGGAUGGCACGCUGCUCAUCAGGGCAGCGGCGCGGCUCGACGCCGGCUCGUACACCUGCACGGCAAGGAACCGUGCCGGGACGCACAGCCAGACCGCCGUGCUCACCUACACAGAGCUGCCUUCUGUCGCCCCGGUGAGCGCCGAGGUGCUGGUGGCGCGGGGAGCGUCGGCGCGUCUCGAGUGUCGCGCCACGGGCUCGCCCGCGCCGCGCUUCACCUGGCACAGAGGCGGCACGGAGCUGCGCGCGGGACCGCGGGUGGAGGUGGACAGUGACGGCGGCGUGCUCACGCUGCACGCCGUGGGGGACGAGGACGCGGGGGACUACACGUGCCGAGCGAGCAACCUGGCCGGGUCAUCGUCCGCCUCGUGCCGCCUCACGCUGGGAGUUGCCCCGCGCGUGGCGCCGAGCCCGGCCGUGGUGAGCGUGGCGGAGGGGCAGCAGCUCUCGCUGCCCUGCGUCGUGCUUGCUGCCCACCCGCUGCCCCGGAGAGACUGGUUCAAGGACGGCCGCAGACUGGCGUCGGACGGGCGCGUGACGGUGCGUACAGACGGCAGCGUCCACGUGCAGGGGGCGACGGCGCGCGACGCCGGCCGCUACUCCUGCCUCGCCACCAACCUGGCCGGCACCGCCAACAAGACGGUCACGGUGAACGUGUGGGUUGCCCCAAGGAUCACGACGAGUGGAGACAGCGUGAGCGCCAUCGAGGGCGUCGCACUCACCCUGGCCUGCGCCGCUCAGGGUCAGCCUCCUCCCGUCGUCACGUGGGCCAAGGGACGGGAGCCAAUUUUUCCGCACGACCGCAGCUACCGCGUUGUGGCCGAGGGGCUGCGUCUCCCGGCCCCGACGGCGCGGGACUCGGACGUCUACACUUGCACGGCGAGCAGCCCAGCCGGCACGGCGACGGUGCAGGUCCACCUCACCGUGUACGUGAAGCCACGCAUGCGUGGCGGUGGUGGCGGUGGUGGUGGCGGCGGCGGCGGUGGUGGUGGAGGAGGAGGAGGAGGCGAGGACACCGAGCCGAGACGGAAGGCCCUCUCCGGCGAAGACGUCGUUCUGCCGUGCGACGCCGAGAGCUUCCCCCCUCCCACCUUCGCCUGGAACAAGGACGGACAUCCGGUCGGCACAGGCCUCUCGUCUCGGCAAACGAUCCUGGAGUCCGGCUCCCUUCAGAUCAGCCGUGCCAAGAGCUCCGACAGCGGCGUCUACGCGUGCAUCGCCUCCAACGUAGCCGGGAACGUCACGCGCGAGUUCCACCUCACGGUGCUCGUGCCGCCCCGGAUCCAGCGCGUCCCCACGGCGCUCAAGGUCCGCGCGGGUCACAUGACGGACGUGCCCUGCACGGCGCUGGGGGAGCCGAGCCCGAGCGUCUCGUGGGUGCGGGCGGACGGCUCGGACGUGGUGGUGGCCGCGAUGCCAGGGUCAUCGCCGGGAGCGGCGUCGGCACGGCUCCUCAUCCCACGCACACGCGCCGAGGACGCCGGCUCCUACCGAUGCGUGGCCGUGAGCGUGGCCGGACGGGACCAGGCUGACCUCCACCUGCAGGUCCUCGAGCCCCCGUCCAUCGUGGAGUCGGCCGACGGCUCAGUGCAGCACAGCGUCAUCAACGAGAGGGUCACCCUGCCCUGCACAGCCACAGGCGUGCCGCCCCCCGUGGUGAAGUGGCUGCACGACGGCGCCGAGGUGACGGGGCUGGAGCCGGGCGUCAUCCUCGCCGACGACGGCGCCCUCGUGCUGCCCUCGGCGGCGCCGGCGCACGCGGGCCGCUACGCGUGCCUCGCCGUCAACGAGGCCGGCAUCGCCGAGCGAGCCGUGCAGCUCCUCGUGGCCGUUCCACCGCUGAUCUCGGCCUCAGACCGAGUGACCAACAUCUCGACCGUCGUGCUGCACCCCGUGACGCUGGAGUGCGACGCGUCGGGUUCCCCGGCGCCCGUGCUCACAUGGCACAGGGCCGCCGUGCCGCUGGUGGCGGGAGUUGGCGUGCAGCUGAUAAGCGGCAGGCGGCUGCUGCGGCUCUCCAGCGUGGCGCAGGAGGAUUCGGGGAGCUACACGUGCCGCGCCGACAAUGCCGCCGGCACCGCGGAGAGGGUCUACCACCUCCACGUGCUCGUUCCACCUUCAGUAACGGGCGCUGGUGAAGUCACGGAGGUGGCGGUCGACGUGAGUGGCAAAAUCAGCCUGGAGUGCCAGGCAGCCGGAAAUCCACCUCCCAGCAUGCACUGGUACAAGGAUGGCAAGAUCGUGGCAAGCGGGGAUCUCCGCGUGGCCGUUGCUGGCCCCUCGGGGGAGACGCUGCGUAUCCACGGAGCCCGCCUUUCUGACCAAGGCCUCUACGUCUGCACGGCCAUCAACUCCGCAGGCCGGAACGGCCGCGAGUUCUCACUCACCGUGCACGUUGCUCCGAGUAUCCGCGGGGGAGAUAACGGCACAGGGGAGGUCACGGUGCUGCUGAACGGCGCCGCGACGAUGGACUGCGACGUCCUGGGCAUCCCCGCGCCCUCCGUCACGUGGCUCAAAGAUGGCCACUCGAUUGUCGCGGGGGGCGGUAGGGUCACGACCCCGGCGAGGGGGCGGCAGCUGCAGGUGUCGGGGGCCCAGCCGUCGGACGCCGGGCGCUACACCUGCCGCGCCACCAACCCCGCCGGCGAGGCUGAGAGGUCCUACAACCUCCACGUGCACGCGGCCCCGCGGAUCGAGGAUGGCGCGCGGGAACACCGCGUGGUGGCGGGCGGCUCCCUGGCGCUCGACUGCCACGCCGACGGCCGCCCCCCGCCGCGCGUGGCCUGGCUGCGGGAUGGAUCGCCGCUCGGGCCCGGGUCCCCGCUGGGCCCCGGCCGACCCCCGGGGGGUUCGAGGCUGAUCCUGAGCGACGUGUCGCCCGCCGACGCCGGGGACUACGCGUGCGUGGCCACCAACGCGGCCGGCGAGAGCACGCGGCUCUACACCCUGAAGGUCCUCGUGCCGCCCAAGAUGACCGGGAACAGCACUCCGACGGAAAGGUCCGUCAUUCUCAACGCACCGCUCACGCUGGAGUGUCCCGUCAGCGGAAACCCAACGCCAGACAUCAGGUGGUUGAAGGACGGCGAGCCGGCGGGGCUGGGCGACGCGGCGGUGCGGGUCUCCGCCGGGGGGCGGACGCUGCAGGUGGCGCGGGCCCAGACGCCGCACGCGGGGCGCUUCGUGUGCGUCGCGCGCAACGAGGCCGGGGAGAGCAGCGCCGAGUUCCGCGUCGCCGUGCAGGUGCCCCCAUCGGUGCGGGUGCUGGGCCAGGCGGAGCGGGCGGUGCUGCUGGGGAGGCCGCUCACCCUGCAGUGCACCACCUCGGGGCUACCCCCGCCGCUCGUCGCGUGGCUCAAGGACGGCCGCCCCCUCUCCCCCGGGCGGGGUCACGUCAAGCUGGAAGCAGGAAACCGCACCCUGCAGGUUCUGCGGGUGCUGCCGGAGGACGGCGGGCGCUACGCCUGCGUGGCCACCAACCCGGCGGGCGAGAGCCAGCACGGACUAUGGGUGCAGGUGCACGAGCCUCCAAGCAUAGAGAGUGGCGGUGAGGGGGAGCGCAAGGACAGCGUCGUGCUCAACCAGCCGCUCUCCCUCGAGUGCGUCGCAUCCGGGAACCCCCCGCCUGCGCUCACGUGGUACAAGGACGGGCAGCCACUGACGCCCAUGGCCGGCGUGGAGGUGGCGCCGGGCGGCCGCGAGCUGCGCGUGGAGAGCGCCCAGCUGUCGGACGGCGGCCGCUACGCGUGCCGUGCGGCCAGCGUGGCGGGUGUGGCCGAGAGGGCCUUCCGAGUGCGCGUCAUGGUGCCACCCAGCGUGACGGGGGGCAGCCCCCCGCUGCUCACGGCCCUGGUGAACGAGGCGGUGCGGCUGGAGUGCGACGCGCACGGAGACCCCACGCCCGGGGUCACCUGGCUCAAGGACGGCAGCCCUCUGGCCAGUGUGCCAGGGCGCGUGCAGGUGCUGUCGGAGGGCAGGGCCCUGGCGCUAGCGGCUGCUGGCCUGUCUGACGGCGGCCGCUACGUGUGCGUGGCGCUGAACGAGGCAGGAGAGGACCGCCGCUCCGUCGAGCUGCGCGUCUACGUGCCGCCCAACAUCGUCGGCGAGGAGCAGAACGUGUCGGUGGUGCUGGGGCGGCCGCUCCGGCUGGAGUGCCGCAGCGAGGCGGUGCCGCCCCCCACCGUCACGUGGCUCCGGGACGGCCGCCCCCUGCUCGCCGCGGCCGGCGUCGAGCUCUCGCAGGCAGGCAGCGUCCUGCAGAUCGGCAGCGCGCGCAUCCAGGACACGGCGUGGUACACGUGCGAGGCGUCCAACGUGGCCGGGAAGACACGGCGCAACUUCAACGUGGAGGUGUUCGUGCCGCCACUCAUCCGCGGCCCGGAGGGGUCUGGUCACAUGACCUCCACGGAGGGGGCGACCGUGAGCCUGGUGUGCGAGGCCAGCGGAAUUCCUCCACCGAUGCUCACCUGGGCCAAAGACGGCGUGCGUGUCUCGGACAACGAGGGCCGCGUGCGUCUCGUCUCGGGGGGCCGUGUGCUGCUCAUCUCCUCUGGCGUCCGCGCCGACAGUGGGGCCUACUCCUGCGAGGCCUCCAACGCGGCCGGGCGUGACCACAAGGCAUUCUCCCUGCAGGUCCACGUUCCUCCGACAAUGCCGGGCAGCGGCGGCCGCCCCACGGAGGUGGUGACGCUGCGCGGGCGCGACGUCAGCCUCGAGUGCGACGUCUCCGGCGAGCCGAAGCCGAGCGUCGUGUGGAGCAAGGACGGCCGCCCCAUCUUGUCGCCGCCGUCCGGAUCCGGCGCGAAUUCCGCCGGCGCAGCGGGGCCCUUGGCUCGCGGCUCCGGCUCCCGCGCGUCGGCUCUGGAGGAGGGCCGCGUUCUGCGCCUGCGCGGCGUCCAGAUCUCGGACACGGGCCGCUACACCUGCGUGGCGCGCAACGUCGCGGGGCAGGCGGAGAAAAAGAUCGACCUGAUCGUGCAGGUUCCUCCCACAAUCCCCGGCGAGGCGGGCGCCGUGGAGAAGGUUACGGCCGUGGUGGACGGCGCCGUGUCGCUGACCUGCGAGGCCUCGGGGUUCCCGCCGCCGGCCAUCGCGUGGAGGAAAGAGGGGCGGCCGCUGGUGCACGGGGGCCAUGCACGCAUCCUUUCGGGAGGCCGCGUGCUGCGUCUGAGCCGCGUGUCGGAGGGCGACGGCGGCGACUACUCCUGCGUGGCCUCCAACCCCGCGGGCGAGGAAGGCCGACGCUUCCACCUGGAGGUGCUUGUGCCCCCGCGUAUACAGCAGCACAGCGACACUGGCGACGUGAAGGUGAAGGAGCAUGGGAACGUGACGCUGGCCUGCGAAGCCACGGGAAACCCGCUGCCCUCCAUCUCGUGGCUUAAGGAUGGACACCCAAUCACGGCGAGCGACAGGAUCCAUGUGACCUCGAUGGGCCAAUCGCUGACCGUCCUGAGAAUUGGGAUUAUGGAUGGCGGGAAGUACACCUGCAUGGCCUCUAACCUUGCCGGGGACGCAGGAAAAGACUUCUAUUUGCACGUCCUCGUGAUGCCGAGCAUCGUCGGCGGGGACUGGGCCGGAUCCGGAGGCGCAGGCGGGCCCGGGGGGGCGGCCGAGGAGGUGUCGGUGGUGGUGAGCAACCCCACGGCGCUGGUGUGCGAGGCGCACGCAGUGCCGCCCCCCGUGCUCACGUGGCUCAAGGACGGCGCUCCCCUGCAGCUCUCGGACAACAUGCGCAUGCUGCCCGGCGGGAGAACGCUGCAGAUCGUGAGCACGCGGGAGAUCGACUCGGGCGUCUACACGUGUGUAGCGACGAACGAGGCAGGGGAAAUCCUCAAGCACUACCAGCUGCAGGUCUUCAUUCCGCCGGUCAUCAGGAAGGCCGACGGAGCGUCACCGGGCUCGGAGUCGCUGGAGCUGAAGCUGCGAGUGAACAGCAGCCUGGCGCUGGAGUGCGACACGCUGGCACUGCCGCCACCUACCAUCGCCUGGUACCGCGAUGGGCAGCCCCUGGAGUCGGACGAGCGUGUGGACAUAGCGGAGGGCGGCCGCUCGCUGCGCAUCGCCCGCACUCGCCUCGCUGAUGCCGGCCGCUACACCUGCGUCGCCUCCAACGCCUACGGCCAGGACGACCUCGACUUCCUCGUCUCCGUUCAAGUGCCCCCGAACCUCCAGCGCUGGUACGAGUGGAGCGAGGCCCAGGAGGAGGGCCCCACGCUGGUGUGGGAGGGCGGCCCGGAGACGCGCACGGUCGUGCAGGACGGCCAGCUGUCCCUGCCGUGCGAGACCAACGCCGUGCCGCCCCCCACGCUCACGUGGCUCAAGGACGGCCGCCCCCUCGCCCCCACCGCCCGCCUCAUGAUCCACCCGGGAGGUCACAUGCUGCAGAUCAUGAUGGUGAAAGCAGAGGAUUCUGGGAGGUACACGUGUGUGGCCGUGAACGAGGCCGGAGAGGACUCCAUUCACUACGACCUGCAUGUGCUCAUCUGGCCCACGAUCGCGGGGGGCUCUGGAGGCCUCCCCGUGGACGUGACGGUGACGGUGAACGGCUCGGCACGCCUCGAGUGCGUGCCGGACGGCGUGCCGCCGCCCUCGCUGUCGUGGCUCCGAGACUCUCGGCCUCUGCCGAAGAGCGGAGGCCGAAUGCUGACCGAGCUCACGUCCCUGCAGAUCCACCCCGUGCAGGUGGGCGACGCGGGCCGCUACUCGUGCGUGGCCGAGAACUCGGUAGGGCGAGCCGAGAAGCUCUUCAACCUCAACGUGCACCUGCCUCCGUUCGUGGAGGGCCCCAGCCCGGCUCAGGUGGGCGUCGUGGUGAACAACUCGGCGUCGCUCGUUUGCAACGCGUCCGGAUUCCCGCCGCCUGCCCUCUCCUGGCUCAAGGACGGAGUUCCCGUGCAGCCAUCGCGAGCCAUCUUCAUCGCGCCCGGAGGCCGUGUGCUGCAGAUCCCGCGCGUCAAACUGUCGGACAGCGGGAGGUUUACCUGCGUCGCCUCCAACGCGGCCGGCCGCCACGAGAAGGACACCCGGCUGAGCGUGCACGUGCCGCCCAGCAUCCGCAACGCGGGCGGAGCGGGGGGCCCCUUGCCGGCAGUGACGAGCGUCCGCGCGGGGCAGCCCCUGGCGCUGGAGUGCGCCGCCGAGGCGUCGCCGCCGCCCCUCGUCGCCUGGUUCCACAACGGGCGCCGCGUGGGCGACUCGGAGGGCGUCGUCCUGCGGGAAGGACGGGCAGCUGCUGCAGGUGGCACGAGCACAGAGAAAGGGUCCUGGGUGUCACACUCGGGCCACUACGUGUGCAAGGUGUCCAACGUGGCGGGCGAAGUCGACCAAGGCUUCACGGUCAGCGUCAACGUUCCCCCCAGCAUCGACGGGCCCCCGGAGGAGUCUGUGACCGAGGUUUUGGGAAAUCCCACAAUCCUCGGCUGUGACGCCGCCGGUGUCCCCCACCCCGCCGUCUCCUGGCAACGGAAUGGCUUCUCCAUUGGAAGCACAAACUCGCUGGAGAGGCAAGUGCUGUCGGGCGGCAGCCGCCUGCAGAUCUCGCGCGUCCACGUGUCGGACGCGGGCGUUUACUCCUGCGUGGCCACCAACUCGGAGGGGGAGGCCCGCAAGCGCUACACCCUCACCGUGCUGGUGCCGCCCCGCAUCUCGGGCUCGGAGCUGCCCAGCGACGUGAACGUGGUGGUCGGAGAGGACGUGCCGCUGCGGUGCUCGGCCUCCGGGCAGCCCAGCCCGGCCGUGCGCUGGCUGCACGAUGGGCGGCCGCUCGCCGGCGCCGCUGCCGGCGCUCGCAUCCGCAUCUCGAAGGACGACGCUGUGCUGACCAUUGCGAGCGUGGAGAUCUCGGACAGCGGGAAGUACACGUGCGUGGCGACCAACGCGGCCGGCGAGGAGGAGCGAAUCUACACGCUGCACGUCCACGUUCCACCGGUGGUGGAGGGGGUCCUGGACCAGCCCCUGGAGGUCUUGGCCCCCCUGGAUGGGCCGGUGAGCCUGGAGUGCAUGUCCACUGGCUCACCGCCCCCACAGCUUUCCUGGCUGAAGGACGGGCUGCCCCUGCCGCUGUCUGCCCACACAAUGCUGCUCUCUGCAGGGCAGGUGCUCAGGAUCGCCCGAGUGCAGGCGUCGGACAGUGGGACGUACACGUGCGUGGCCUCCAACCGUGCCGGCAUCACCCAGAGAGAAUUCACCCUCCGGGUGCAAGUGCCCCCUCUGCUGGAGGGCGCGGGAGACACGGAGGAGCUGCAGGUGCUGGCCGGCGCGUCCGUCACGCUGGCAUGCGAGGCCACCGGCUCUCCACCGCCGAUGCUCACCUGGCUGCACGAGGGCCGGCAGCUCUACCCGCCCGGCGGUGGUGGCGUCGUGUCGGCGCUCGCGCGGCCCGAGACCUCGGCCUUUCCUAGUGAAGAGGGCCUGCUGGUGCAGAUCGCGAACGCCUCGCCCGCGGACGCCGGCGUGUACAGCUGCGUGGCCGUGAACGCGGCCGGACAGACCAGCAAGCACUUCCUCCUCACCGUGCAGGAGCCGCCGGUGAUCGAGGGGUUGGAGGAGGAGGAGGAGGCGCGGGAGCUCAACGUGCUGCUGGGGGGCUCCUUGGAGCUGACGUGCGUGGCCGCGGGCAGCCCCCCACCCAGCCUCACGUGGCUCAAGGACGGUCGCCCCCUGCCUCAUGCGCAGGGCCUCACUGUGCUUCCGGGGGGGCAGACCCUGCGCAUCGCCAGUGCCACGGUGGAGCACGGUGGCCGUUAUACCUGCCUGGCCUCCAGUCCUGCAGGCGACACAGAGAAGGAAUUUCUUGUCCAAGUGCACGUGCCCCCCAACAUCGCGGGCAGCGUGGAGUUGCAGGACGUGAGCGUGACGCGCGGCGGGCAGGUGUCGCUCGAGUGCCGGUCGGACGCGUCGCCCCCACCCACGCUCGCUUGGCUCAAGGACGAUGAACCCCUGCAGGCGUCCCCCCGCGUGAAUAUCCUCGCGAGCGGCCGCUACGUCCAGAUCAGCGGUGCGGACGAGGAGGACGCAGGCCGCUACGUGUGCGUCGCCUCCAACGUGGCCGGCAGCUCGUCGCGCACCUUCACGCUCGCCGUGCUGGUGAGCCCCAGCGUCGUGGGGGGCUCCGGCGAGGUGAGCGUGCGUCUCGGGGGGGCGGCCGUGCUCCCGUGUGCCGCCGUGGGAUCCCCGGCCCCCACCCUCAGCUGGAGGAAGGACGGGGCCCUCCUCUCGGACGACAAUGCCAGGUUCACGCUGCUGCCGGACGGAUCGCUGGAGGUGAUGUCGGUGCGAGCGAGCGACGCGGGGACGUACGUGUGCGUCGCCUCCAACGCGGCCGGAUCGGACCGCCUCACCGUCACGCUCACCGUGCUCGUGCCCCCAGGGAUUGCACGAGGCCCCACGAACGUCACGGCCCUGGUGGGGGGCCAGGCCACCCUCAGCUGCGAGGCCUCCGGCCUACCCAAGCCUGCUGUCUCCUGGAAGAAAAACGGCCGCCCCUUCGGUGCUGACAGGCUGCAAAUCACGCACAGGCUGCUGUCGACAGGAUCACUGCAUUUCGCGUCGGCAGACCCCGAAGACACGGCUCAGUACGAAUGCACAGCAGCUAAUGAGGUCGGGGAAGAGCGGAUCACCAUUGACUUCACCGUGCUAGUGCCCCCGUCGAUCGCGGACGAGGCCGACGACCUGGUGGUCACGCACGGCUCCCCCGUGCUGCUCACGUGCCACGCGAGCGGAGCGCCCGAGCCCAGCGUGCACUGGAGCAAGGACGGCACGCGGCUGCCCAACGCCGGUGACGGAUUCGCCGUGCUGUCCACCGGUACGGUGGAGGUUCCGGCGGCCACGCCGAGCCACGCGGGCCGCUACACAUGCACCGCACGCAACGCGGCGGGCACGGCGCAUCGGCACGUCUCUCUCACCGUGCAGGGGCCCCCCAUCGUGACGGUGCCCCCCUCGUCCGUGGAGGCUACGCUGCACUCGCGCACCACGCUCUCCUGCGAGGCCUCGGGCAGGCCGCAGCCUAUGCUGUCCUGGCAGAGGGAGGGCGUCGACAUCGUUAGCGGCGGCCGGUUUUUAGUGCAGCCGGGCGGCUCGCUGCACAUCUCGCAGGUGGCGCUGUCCGACGGCGGCACGUACGUGUGCGUGGCGCAGAACGCCGCCGGCACCGUGCAGGCCAAGGUCAAGCUGCUGGUGCACGUCCCCCCGGCGAUGAGGCCCUCGGCGCGGGAACCGGUGGUCGUCUCCGGCGCGGUGGCGAUCCUCCCGUGCGCUGCCGAGGGCAGCCCGGCACCCGAGCUGGCGUGGCUGGGCCCGGACGGCCGUUCCGUGCGGCGCGACGGCACCCGUCACCGCCUCCUGAGCAACGGCUCGCUGCAGGUGGGGCCGGCGCGGCCCAGCGACGCCGGCCGCUACACCUGCACGGCCUCCAAUGCAGCUGGGACUGCCAGCGUGGACGUGGUGCUGACCGUGCACACCCCUCCGAGCGUCCGCGGCGCGGCCGGAAGCAGCGGUGGAGGCGGUGCGGGGGCGAGUCUCGUGGUCACCGAGGGCUCACGCACCGUGCUGCCCUGCUCAGCCGACGGGAGCCCCGCGCCGAAACUGUCGUGGCGACGCGACGGCGAUGUCCUCCGCGAGCGGCCGGGCAAGUUCACCGUCCUGCAGGCCGGGGACCUCAUCCUGGACGACGUGCAGGUGGGCGACGGCGGGGAGUACGCGUGCGUGGCGACGAGCGUGGCGGGCAGCGACGCGCGCACCACCCGCCUCGUCGUGCACGCCCCCCCGGCCUUCACGGAGAGGCCAGGCGACGUGUCGGUGGGGCGCGGUGAGCGGCUCACCCUCACCUGCGCCGCCACGGGAAUCCCCGCGCCCACGCUCACCUGGAGCUUCAACAACCGCGGCCUGCCCGCGCGCGUGGACGAGGAGCGCGGGGUGAGCGAGGUCACGAUCGAGCGCGCCACCAAGGACGACUCCGGCACGUACGUGUGCACGGCCGAGAACGAGGUGGCCUCCAUCCGCGCCAUCGGCUUCGUCUACGUGAAGGAGGCCCCGGUGUUCCGGGGCGACCUGCACCCCAGCAUGGUGGAGGCCAUGGGCGGCAACGCCAUCCUGGAUUGCGAGGCGCGGGGUGACCCCCCUCCCAGCAUCCACUGGAGCCGCAUGGGGGGCUCCAUGCCCGGCAGCAACCGUGUGCGGCAGCUGCACAACGGCUCACUCGCGAUCUACGGCACUGUGAGCGAGGACUCGGGCGACUACAAGUGCGUGGCGACCAACGACGCGGGCGCGGUGGAGCGCAUGGUCACCCUCACCAUCCAGAGGGCGCCCUCGUUCGUGGCCGAGCCCAAGGACGAGGUGGUGGAGGCCGGCGGUCGCGUGUCCCUGCCGUGCCGCGCCGACGGGCGGCCGCGCCCCGCCGUGGAGUGGACUCGGGACGGCCACCCCCUCCCGGCCGGCGACCCCCACGUCUCGGUGCUGCCGGACGGCACGCUCGCCGUGGAGGCGGCGCGGCCCGGCGACGCGGGGCGAUACGAGUGCGUCGCUCGCAACCUCCUCGGAUCGGCGCUCACGGGGGCCACGGUCAGCGUGAGAGUGCACGGCGCCUACUCCGCGUGGCAAGAGUGGAGUCCGUGUACGGCGACGUGCGGCGAUGGAGUCCGCGAGCGCGUGCGGUCGUGCGACAACCCCGCGCCAACGAACGGGGGACGCCGGUGCGACGGCCCGGCCUCCGAGACGCAGCCCUGCCAUCACGCCCUGCCGUGCCCCGUGGACGGGCGGUGGAGCGCGUGGGCCGAGUGGGGAGACUGCUCGCCGGGCUGCGGCCACGGGGAGCGCGAGCGGAGCCGCACCUGCAGCAGCCCCGCGCCGCAGCACGGCGGCCGGCCCUGCUCAGGCCUCGCCCUGGAGGUGGCCCCCUGCUUCACUCGGCCCUGCCCCGUUGAUGGCGGUUGGGCCACGUGGGGAUACUGGUCGGCCUGCACUACUUCCUGUGGCGGAGGAACACGGCGUCGGCAGCGCACGUGCUCAGCCCCAGUGCCAAAGCACGGCGGAUCGCUCUGCGCGGGCAGCGAUUCCGUGGUGGAGCCGUGCAACGAAGAUUCGUGUCCCGUGCACGGCGCUUGGGCCCCCUGGCGCGAGUGGGACGAGUGCAGCCGCACCUGCGGGGGUGGCGGCACGGCCCAGCGGCGCCGCGCGUGCGACAGCCCCUCGCCCGCGCACGGGGGCCGGGCCUGCGCGGGGCCCGACACGCAGGCCCAGCGCUGCGCCACCGAGCACUGCCCCGUGGACGGGAGCUGGGGAGCGUGGCAGAGCUGGGACGAGUGCUCCGCUUCGUGCGGCCGCGGCAAGCGGUCGCGCGUGCGCGAGUGCGACGCUCCGCCGCCCGCCCACCACGGCCUUCCCUGCGCUGGCGAGGUCCUCCAGGUGUCCGAGUGCAACCCCCGGCCGUGCCUCGAUUACCCGCCGCAAGUGCGGGGCAGCCUCAUCGGCCAGGUGAACGACGUGGAGUUCGGCGUGGCCCAGCUGCUCGCCAACGCGACGACGGACGAGUUGAGUGGCACGCGGAUCGUGGAGGCCUCCAUCUCCAACGUCCCGCCCGCCAUUGGCCCGGCGCUGCGGGUGCUGGUGACGGUGCUCAGCUCCGUGUACUGGACGUCUGCGUUCGGGAACGAAGGCGCCCGGAACGGAUUCCAACUCACAGGGGGCACCUUCCGCCGGGACAGCCAGCUUGCGUUCUCCACCGGGGAGACGCUGCGGCUGACGCACGUUUCUCGGGGACUCGACGCGGACGGGACGCUGCUGUUCGAUUUGGUUCUCAACGGCUACCUCCCUUUGCUCGCCUCCUACGACCAGCUCUGCCCGUCGGAAUUCAGUGAGGAAUACAUCCAGACGGGGCCCGGCAAGAUCUUCUCCUACUCGGACGGCUGGCCCGGGGGCCCGGCCAUCGUGAGCCAAGACGAAGCGGCGCCGGGCGGCGACUCUGAUGCCGAGUCGGGCGUGACGUGCGCGUGGAACCACACGACGGCAGUUCGAGCCCACGCUGGGCCUCAUGACGUCGCCCGCGCAGACGCUGCCGUCUCGGCGAUGGACUCGCGCUACGACGCCACGCGGCAGCGGCUCGCGUUCUCCCUGCAGGCCACGUUCGGCGAGGGAGAGAGCACGGAUGGGUGUCCGCGUGGGUUUCUCUUCGACUCAGAGGGCCCCUAUUGUGGAGAUGUGGAUGAGUGUGCGCUCGCCCCUCCGUGCUCCCACCUGUGCCAAAACGCCGUGGGCACCUUCUCAUGCACCUGCCCGCGCGGCUACAUUGUGGCUCCCGAUGACCACACCUGUGUUGACGUGGACGAGUGCGUGGCGGGCACGCACAUGUGCCACCUGGGGCAGGACUGCGAGAACUCCGCCGGCUCGUACCGCUGCGUGGUGCGAUGCGGGCCGGGCUUUACGCGGACGCCCGACGGCACGCGCUGCAGAGACGUGAACGAGUGCGAGGAGCUGGCGGAGGCGCCCUGCCAGCAGCGCUGCCUCAACGUCCUCGGCAGCUUCCGCUGCGCCUGCCUCCCGGGAUUCCUGAUGAGCGGCAACAAGUGUGUGGAGGUGGGAGAGUGCCGCGGGGGCCGCUGUGCCUCCAACCCUCUGUGCAAGGCGGCACGUGGCGGCACGCGGUGCCUCACGCCCUCCUCCUGCCCCGCCGGGACGCUGCGGGACCACAACGGCACCUGCCAGGACGUGGAUGAAUGCAGGGAGGGGACGCACAGGUGCGCCUACAACCAGGUGUGCGAGAACACGCACGGGGGCCACCGCUGCAGCUGUCCCAGGGGAUACCGCUCCCAAGGCUCGCGCUCGUCCUGCGUGGACAUCGACGAGUGCCAUCAGGCACCGCGGCCGUGCAAGCACCAGUGCCGCAAUUCGCCCGGCAGCUUCCACUGCGUCUGCCCCCCUGGUCAGCAUUUGCUCCCCGAUGGGCGAUCCUGCUCUGGGAGGAACGGCGGUGGCGGCGGCAGCAAUGGAGUGGGUGGCGUCGUGGACGUCCCAGCGGCAGUGUUGACGGUGCGGCAGGACAGGGGCGACGUGGUGCAGCUGCAGAACGCGGGGCAGCUGCUGGCGCUGCUGGGCUACGGCACGGGCGGGGGAAGCGUCCGCUCCGUGUCCACGCGCACCGUCGCCGAGCAGUGCCCCGAGGGGUACCGGGAUUACGGCACCAGCUGCCUCGACGUUGAUGAGUGCCGGGAGGCAGACAGAUGCCAGCACGAGUGCAGGAACUCUCCCGGGAGCUUCUCCUGUCUCUGUCCUGGCGGCUACCGCCUCGCCACCAACGGCCGGACCUGCCAGGAUGUGGACGAGUGCUCGGAGCAGAACGUCAAGUGCGGACCCAGUCGGAUGUGCUUCAACAUACGGGGCGGGUACCAGUGUGUGGACACGCCCUGCCCGUCGGGAUAUCAGAAGGACUCGUCCUCCAGCCACUGCGUGAGGUCCUGCCCGAGCGCCAGCGACCUGGAGUGCACCUUCGUGCCCUUCGUGCUGGAGUACAAGCUGGUGUCGCUACCCGCCGGAGUCCCCGCGGGCACCGACCUCAUCCGCCUGAGCGCCUUCACGCGCGCGGGCCGACCCCACACGCGCACCUCCUUCUACAGCAUGGAGCACGAGGCCACGUCGCCCUUCGGCGUGCGAGAGGAGGGAGCCUCCGUCGCCUCCGUCUCGAGCUUCUUUGGCUCGGCCAACGGCGGUGGGGGCGGCAGUAACGGCGGCGGCCGCGCGAUAAUUUUUGCGCGCAAGGCCCUGCAGGACAACCGCAUUUACCGCCUCAAGGUGCGAGCGUUGUCCUUCAGCGAGACGGGGAAGGUGGACCAUCAGACCACGUUCGUGGUCAUAAUAUCCGUGGCUGCCUUCCCGUACUGAGGUCGUCAAUGCCACGCAGCCGGAUUCUCAGGAGCUUGCGACAGCAUCAGGAGCUUUGUUGCCGCAAAGAGUGGCAUGAAUGGCGUGGUUUUAUUGUAAUUUGUGUCAUUCACGAAGGGAGUUCUUUAUUAAACUCAGAAAUUUUAUUAUGAGUUUGAGCGCUCCGAAAAUGUAUUCCUUGAAACACAAUUGACCUAGAAAUUGUAAUAUGACAAAGAAGUAUCCCUGACACUAGGGUAUUUAUAAUUAGUGCCUUUAUCAUGUCUGCCAUCGUGUAUUUUUUAUUCUUUGAAACCAAUUACUUUAAUUGGUGUCUUUAUCAUUUAUUUUUUAAUUCAAUUUCAUUUUCUAAAGUUUUAUAUGAAAAAGAAACCAAUGUGAUGAAUGGUGUAAAAGUGUUUAUAUCCUUUUAAAUCCCAGGUUACAAGGUGACAUGCCAAUUUCACCAUUCAGGUUUAUUAAUGUAUGCUUUUACUAAGUAUUAGUGGCUUUCGUUUUAAAAUUGUGCUGUGCGUUUGCAAUGGUUAAAGUGGAUGGGCAAUAGGAGCCUCGGCUAACCAAGGGGUGACCUUUAAGCCAAGUCACCUUGGGUACUACUUGCAGAGCCCACUUCCCCCAACAGUUUCAGUUUGAACUCUAGGCUCGCCUCCCAGCCCAUUGUUUCUAUCCAACAGCUUUAGUUUGAACUCCAUGCCCACCUACCUGCCUACACCCCGCCCCCACACUCACCCUGGCUCCUCCCCCCCUCUCCCCCGCAGAUAUAUCAUCCCUCGUCACAGCCAUCUCUUAGAAAUACUUAAGCGAUUGUUUUUUCGCUGUGUUUGUCCCCACCUGAAGACAGACGCUUGUGUUGCGCCCGAAACGUCGUGAUUUAAUUUAGUUGUGUUUAUUUCAUUUUCACCUACGUGACUUUACCGAAAAAACCAAAGAGUAUGGAUCCUUGCAGUCACGAAAACUUCAAAUGUAGAAUAAAAUCUAGAAUUACUACUCGUAAGUUAAGCAGGGGAUGGCACACAGAGAUAUUGUUUCGUUCAUUUGAGAGACUUUGAGGUAGUGCUUAUUUAAUUAAUGCGAAUCAAAUUUCGAUGUAAAGCUUUCGUGACUGCAGGGAUUCAUCUUCUUGGUUCUUUCGGUAAAGUCACGUAGAAUGGAAAUAAUAAAAUAAUAAAAAAUAAAACAAUAAAAAUAAUUCUCACGACG